AUGAUAUCUAUCUACCUAUCUAUGAUUUUCUUCAUUUUUUUCUUUACUUAUUUUGUCUUUCUUUCUAUCUUUUCUUUCUAUCUUUUCUUUCUAUCUUUUCUUUCUUUCUCUAUCUCUCUUUCCUUGUUUAUUUUUUCUUUCUCUCUCUUUUUCUUUUCUUUCUUUCUCUUUCUCAUUUCUUCCUUUCUCAGAUACUCUCUCUUCCUCUCUAUCUCUUUUGAUUCAAUAAGUGCUUCUUCUUCGUCUUCUGAGACUUCUCCCUUUCUCCGCAACUCUCUUUCUCUCUCUCUCUGUUUCUAUCUCACUUUUUCUCUCUCUCGCUUUCAUUUGUCAAAUUUCUUACCUAUCACAAUUGUUCAUAUCUAUCUAUCUAUCUAUCUAUCUAUCUAUCUAUCUAUCUAUCUAUCUAUCUCAGUCUGUUCAUAUCUAUCUAUCUAUCUAUCUAUCUAUCUAUUUCAUUCCUUUCAUAUCUAUCUAUUGGAUUGGUUCAUUUUUAUCAAUCUGACUCGGUGUGUAUAUCUCCCUUCCUGUUCUUUAUCUAUCUAUCUAUCUAUCUAUCUAUCUAUCUAUCUAUCUAUCUAUCUAUCUAUCUUCCUCUCUAUCUAA